AUGAAUACACGCGACGGCCUGAACAACAAGAUUAUUGUGACCGACCUCUCUAAAAUCGAAUUUACGAAUAAUGAUGCAAUUAAAGAAAUUAAUGGUGUCCCACAAGACGACAAGAAGGAUAAAGUUUCACCAAAUGUCUCAUUUUUCACUUUGUUUAAAUUUAGCACUACGCUGGAUAGAAUAUACAUCUUCUUUGCCGUUUUCUUAUCAAUAAUAUGCGGUUGUACAAUGCCGCUUGGAGUGCUUCUCUUCUCUGCUCUGUUGCAAGCGAUGGUGGAUUAUGGCCAGUCAGUUGUAGCUGGCGCUGCGGAGAAAGACGCCUUCUUGCAGUCAUUGAGUGAUUUCGCAUUAUACAAUUGCCUCCUUGGAUUGAUUAUCUUCUUUGUAUCUUAUGCGGCGACAGUGCUUAUGAACGUUGCCGCCUUCAAUCAGGUUUACAGAAUAAGACAAGAGUAUUUGAGGACGGCCCUAAAUCAAGAUUUUGAAUAUUUCGAUACACAUCGAACUGGUGACUUUGCGGCUAAAAUGACAGACGACAUUAUGAAAGUCGAAGACGGCAUUGGUGAGAAGUUGGCAAACUUCGUGUUCUUCCAGGCGUCAUUUGUCAGCUGCAUACUCAUGGCAUUCAUAAAGGGAUGGAAGCUGACACUGCUUUGUUUGAUCUCAUUUCCUAUCACUAUGGUUCCGCUUGCGUUGGCCGGUUUGGUAUCUUCACGGUUAUCGAAGAAAGAAGCCGAGGAGUCGGGAAAAGCUGGUUCAAUUGCAGAAGAAGUGCUUACCGCCGUAAGAACUGUUUACGCUUUUAACGGGCAGCAAAAGGAAAUAGAAAGAUAUGAGAAACCCCUUAAGAAGGCAAGGGAUGCGAAUAUUAAAAAGGCUUUAUACAACGGCAUGUCUAUGGGAGUUUUAUACUUUUGCAUUUUCGGCUCCUACGCGUUGUCCUUUUGGUUCGGUUACAAACUAAUGAUCGAGGAGCCGGAGACGUAUGAUGUUAACACCAUGCUCGCGGUGUUUUUCGGAGUAAUGAUGGGCACCGGUGAGUUCGGGAUGUCCUCAACGCUGAUGGAAGUUUUUGGCAUGGCCCGUGGGGCAGGUGUACAGAUUUUCGCCUUGUUCAACAACGUGCCUCACAUCAAUCCGUUGCUCAAUCGGGGCUUCACACCCGCCUCCAUCGACGGGAGCAUUGAACUGAAGAACGUUGUUUUCCGCUACCCGUCGAGACCUGACGUACCAGUGCUGAGGGGCGUCAGUUUAACUGUUAAGAAAGGACAAUCCGUCGCGUUGGUUGGACACUCCGGCAGUGGCAAGUCCACGGUCAUCCAACUGAUAUCCCGCUACUACGACGUUUUAAGCGGCAGUGUGUCCGUGGGCGGUCACGACGUGAGGAACCUGUCCGUGCGCUGGCUGCGUCAGCAGAUCGGCCUGGUGGGGCAGGAGCCGGUGCUGUUCAACACCACGGUCCGCGAGAACAUCCGUUACGGGCGCCCCGCAGCCACCGACGCGGACAUUGAGACGGCUGCAGGGCAGGCUAACGCGCACACCUUCAUCUCGAAACUGCCUUCCGGCUACGACACGUUAGUUGGCGAGCGCGGUGCUUCAUUGUCCGGAGGGCAGAAGCAACGGCUCGCUAUCGCUCGUGCACUAAUCAGAAACCCAGACAUUUUGCUCCUGGAUGAAGCCACUAGUGCCCUGGACGUGUCUUCGGAAGCCAGGGUGCAGCAAGCUCUUGACAAGGCUCAAAAGGGAAGGACGACUGUAGUUGUGGCACACAGGCUUUCGACCAUAAGGAAUGUAGAUGUUAUAUACGUUUUCAAAAGCGGGGAAAUCGUUGAAAGCGGGGGCCACGAAGAGUUGAUGAACAAAAAGGGCCACUAUUACGACAUGGUGAUGGUGCAGUCUUCGCCAGAGCUAGAUGAAAUAGCAGAAACUUCUAAUGUCAUCGCUCGGCCAGUUUCUGUCAUGAAAGAAAUCGACGAAGACGAAUGUGUUGAUGUAAAGAUGGAAGAGGAGAAGAAAGAAGCGGUGCAGGAGGAGGUGUCGUUUUGGCGCGUGGUGCGACUCAACGCACCCGAAUGGAGAUCUGCCACCGCCGCCAGCAUCUGUUCGCUCCUGAGCGGCUUCGCCAUGCCCCUGUUCGCAGUCAUACUGGGAGAUUUCAUGGGGGUAUUAUCGAACACGGACACCGCCGCAGUUUUGUUAGAAGUAGAAAAAUAUGCUUUGAUAUUCGUGGUCAUUGGGGUCAUAUCUGGAGUUGUACAUUUUAUAGUGGUCUACUUUUACGGCGUUGCCGGCGAGUGCUUGACAAUGAGGCUUCGGUUGUUGAUGUUCAAGAAUCUUCUCCAGCAAGAGAUUGCGUAUUUCGAUGAUAAAGCGAACUCGACAGGGGCUCUUUGCACCAGAUUGUCCGGUGAGGCGGCCGCCGUCCAAGGGGCAACAGGUCAAAGGAUAGGAACUGUCCUGCAAGCAAUAGGAACUGUCAUGUUCUCCAUCGUGCUUGCCUUAUACUUCCAAUGGCAGGUGGGCUUGAUCUCAUUGUGCUGUGUACCACUAAUGGCAUUCGUCCUCUAUUACGAAAACAAACUCACUAACGCCGCCGCCUUCGGAACGACGAAGUCAAUGGAAACUAGUUCGAAGCUAGCAGUCGAGGCAGUUGCCAAUGUGCGCACUGUUGCCUCGCUAGGCAGAGAGGAGAAUUUUGUCAGGGAGUACGCUAUGCUUCUCAGGCCCGCGUUGAUGUACGCAAAGAGGACGUCUCAUAUGCGCGGCGUGGUCUUCGGCCUUUCGAGGAGCAUCUUCAACUUCGCCUACGCCGUUUCACUGUAUUACGGCGGGUCACUGAUGGUCUACAAGCACGUUGACUACUCCCUCAUAAUCAAGUCUGCUGAAACCCUGCUUAUGGGGGCAAGUUCGGCGGGCGAAGCAUUCGCCUUCGCGCCAAAUUUCCAAAAGGGCAUCAAAGCAGCUGCCCGCAUUAUUGUUAUCCUCAAUAAGAAAUCUAAGAUAGUCGAUCCAGAAGAACCUUCGAUUGAGAACUUCAGGGGGAGUGGAGAAGCUAGUCUACGGAACAUAGAUUUCAAAUAUCCCACCCGCCCCAUGGUGCAAGUGCUGAAAGACAUGAACCUCGAAAUACCGCGCAGUAAAACGAUUGCUUUGGUGGGGGCCAGUGGUUGUGGCAAGAGUACCAUCAUCCAACUCCUGGAGAGGUAUUACGAUCCAGACAGUGGCACGGUGACACAAGAUGGAAUUCCGCUACCGAGACUCCUUAUGGCAGACUCCCGGCAAACAAUAGGGUUCGUUCAACAAGAGCCAAUUUUGUUUGACCGUACGAUCGGCGAGAACAUUGCAUACGGUGAUACCUCAAGGUCACCUAGCAUGGAGGAAAUUGUCGAAGUUGCGAAGCAGGCAAACAUUCACAAUUUCAUUAUCUCGUUACCAAUGGGCUAUGACACAAACAUUGGAUCGAAGGGUACACAGUUAUCAGGUGGACAGAAGCAAAGAGUGGCAAUAGCAAGGGCGCUUAUAAGGAAACCUAAAAUGCUCCUCCUUGACGAAGCUACGAGCGCGUUGGAUACUGAGAGCGAAAUGGUGGUGCAGGAGGCGCUUGACGCUGCUAAGGCCGGUCGCACGUGCGUGAUGAUAGCCCACCGACUGAGCACGGUUCGUGACGUGGACCUCAUCUGCGUGCUGCGGGACGGCAACGUCGCGGAGAGCGGCACCCAUUCCGAACUCAUGCGCGCCAAAGGACUCUACUACAAACUCAACUGGCAAGGUCACACG